AAAAUGAAUACUGUUGAAGGACCUCCAAUUCCUUUCAACUUUCCAAUCCCUGGAGGUCUACAAACUGGAUCGGAAAUAAUUUUUCAUGGAGCUACAUACAAUGGAGAACGAAAACGUUUUCAUAUUAAUUUAUUGGGUGAAGGGGACAAUGUUGUUUUACAUUUCAAUCCUCGAUUUAAAUUUCUUGAAGAUACAAUUGUUUUAAAUAGCAAAACAUAUGCUGGUUGGGGUACAGAGGAUAGACAUCGAAAUCGUUUAAGUCUUGGAGAUAGUUUUCGUAUUCGUUUGGUUUGCCAUCAUUCUCAUUUUCUUAUUCAAGUAAAUGAUAAAGAAGUGGCUAAUUAUGAGCAUAGACUUAGUCCUUCAAUGGUUAGAGGACUUGAAGUAGAUGGUGAUAUUUCUCUUCAGCGUGUUCAGAUGAUUAACUUUCCACGACCACCAAACCCAAACCCACAAUAUCCAUAUCCUUCACCAUAUCCACAACCACAAUAUCCACCACCAGCAGCUCCAUACGAUCCAUUAAUGAGUACAAGUAAUCCAAUGCCUACAAAUAUGCCCCCAAUGCCACCAAAUGCUGGAUGGAAUCCACAACAAAGUUCUCCAUAUCCAAACCAACAGAAUUUGAGCCCUUAUCCAAAUAAUAAUGUAAAAUUUUAA